AUGGAGUCCGACACUAUUUAUGAAAACGUCCACAAGCGAUAUGGCUCAGUCAUCAGAAGCAGUACCGGCGAGUACGAGAAGGCGGUUGCCAAAGCUUUCGGAUACACAGAAGACGAGCUUGCGGGUACGCCUGAAGGUGCUAAUCUUGGACUGAGCUGUGGCAAUCCAACAGCUAUUGCGAACCUGAGAGAGGACGAAAUUGUGGUUGAUCUUGGCUCAGGUGCUGGAUUCGAUGUCUUCAUGGCGGCGAAGAGGGUCGGGCCUGCUGGCAAGGCCAUCGGAAUCGACAUGAACAAUAGCAUGAUUGCAAAAGCCGUCACGAACGCGGAGAGAGCAGGCUUCGAGAAUGUGGAGUUUAUCCAAAGUCAAAUCACGUCACUCCCACUCCCCGACGAGUUCGCCGACUGCAUCGUCAGCAACUGCGUCAUCAACCUCGUCCCCGCGGCAGAGAAGCACCGCGUGUUCCAUGAGAUGUACCGCGUGCUCAAGCCUGGCGGCCGAGUCGCCAUCAGCGAUAUCUUGGCGCGCAGGCCAUUUUCGGAGGAAAUCAAGAGAAACAUGGCUCUCUAUGUUGGCUGCGUAGCGGGAGCUAGCGAGGUGGCCACGUAUGAUGGGUUUCUCAAGGAAGCAGGUUUCAGCAAUCCCCUGCUUGUGGAUAGCAACAGUGAUUUGAAUGUCUAUUUCACAGCAGCAGAAAACGGCAUGUCCUGUUGCGGGGCCGGCAACGCUCAGAUGGUUCCGGCUCCCUCACCGGACAAGACUCAGCCGGGGUGUGGGGGAGUCUCGUCUACCUGUUGCAGUCAAGACGGUUACGACCUGACGCCUGGGGAAGCUCAAAAGCAGGCGGCCUCGCUGGGAGUCACUGACUUGAACGAAUGGGCUGGUUCCUUCAAGAUCUAUGCCGUCAAGCCUGAUAGGGGUCUGAAGUAG